UGUCGCGAUAUUAGUGCCGACGGCGGGAACAAACCUGGAACAACAAAGGAGAGAAAUGGAUAGAUGUGACGAAAGGGAAGGCAUUCCUGCCAGAAAAAGAAAGACAUCGUGCAAAUAUCUUGAAAAAUGGGACAGCGAAUUUUCUUUUCUAAAGAAGAGCAGGAUGGGGCACAGUCACGCGUUCUGUAAGAUUUGUAACUGCGAUUUUAGUGUCUCCCACGGGGGAAGGAACGACAUCAGUCAGCAUGAAAAAUCGACCAAGCACAAGCGCUGGCUAGAGGCACAGAAACAUGCCCAGGCGAUGUCAACAUUUGUGACUAGAAAUACCACCGAGGCAGACCAGGUCAUAAAUGCGGAGGUUAAAAUGGCAAUGCUGUGUGCCAAAAACAAUGUUGCUUUCAACUUCUGUGAUGACUUCAACAAGUGUGUAGCUGAAAUGUUCCCGGUCUCUGCUAUCGCACGGAAAUUCUCGGCGGGAAAAACCAAGGCUACCCAACUCAUCAAAGGUGCCAUAGCAACAGAGCUAGAUGACGAGUUGGCCAAAACAUGCCGAUCUCAGCCAUUUUCUGUGAUGUGCGACGAAUCGAACAACAGAAAAGGAAAUAAAGAAUUUGUCAUCCUAACUAGACUCUACGAUGAGGCCACUCUGCAGGUCGUUACAAGAUUCAUGGAGAUGCCUGUAUGCAACGUGGGAAAUGCAGAAAAUCUGUAUGAAAAACUGAGUGAAGCACUAAGAAAAAGGGGCAUCCCAUGGGAGAACCUGAUAGCCUUUAACUCUGAUAAUGCGAGCGUCAUGAAAGGCAGACACAACUCUGUUAUCAGCAGACUGAAACAGAGCCAGCCCCACGUCCAGGACCUCGGCUGCAUCUGCCACCUGGCACAGCUGGCCACUGGCUGUGGCAUCAGAGCAGCCCAGGUACCGGUGGAAGACAUCCUGGUGGGGAUAUACACCCACUUUGAUAAAAGUGCAAAAAGAUGUGAACUCUACAAAGGGUUUGUAGAUUUCACUGAUUCAGACCACCUGAAGCUCUUCAGGUACUGCAGCACCAGAUGGCUGAGUCUGCUAACCUGUAUCCAGAGAGUGUUGAACCAGUGGAAUGCACUACAGGCCUACUUUAACAGUCAUGAGGAGGUGGAGAGGAGUGCCAAAGUGCGCGAUCUAGCAAGCCAUCUGCGUGAUCCAAUCGUGAAGGCUUGCUUCAUGUUCCUGAGUGCUGCCCUUAAGCCUUUAUAUGAAUUUAAUAUUGUCUUCCAGUCAGAGGCCGUGCAGAUUCACAGACUUGAAGAGGAGAUGUGCAGGCUGAUCAAGAGGAUCCUGGGGUUCCUCAUACCAGCCAGGGCCAUCAUGGGUGUACCUCUCAAGGAGGUGGAGUAUGGAGAAGGACAUCAGUUGGCUGAUGAAGAGCUCUUUAUGGGAGCAGAAACAAAGGCAUUCAUGGCAAGGAAAGAGCUCCCUGUGUCAGCGGAGAAGAAAAUCUUUCAAUCUGUGAGAAGAUUCUAUGAAGCAGUGCUUCAGAAAAUGUUCUCCUCCUUUCCUCUUGACCAUCCACUCCUGAAGGACAUGAAAGUGCUGGACCCUGCUGCUCGCCUUGACAUUACUCCAGGGACAGUGGCAAGGCUAGGGGCCCUUUUCCCUCAGUUGAGCUUGAGUGAGGAUAGGCUGAGAGAGGAACUCAUUGACUACCAGGUGACAGAUAGCAAGCAUCUCCCACAAGAAGACAAAACUGACAGAUUCUGGGGACUGGUAGGGAAAGAUGUGAGGUUCAGUGAGCUGCCAAGAUUAAUGAAGGCUUUACUAUGCAUUCCCCACAGCAAUGCCCGUUCUGAAAGAGUGUUCAGUAUGGUAAGAAAGAUUGUUUCAGAGAAUAGGAGGUCAUUAGACAACAGCACGGUUUGUGCUUUACUGUCAUGUAAAAUCAACCACUCUGGCCCAGGCCACAAAUACACUCCAUCCAAACGAGUCUUAAAGGAUGCAAAGGCUGCAACAAAUCUGUAUAAUAAGUCUUUAGUGAAUGCCAGAGAGCCACCUGAGUGAACAUGAGAAAUUUAAAUAAAAUGUGUAAUGAAGACAAAAUGUAAAUGUUUAACCUAAAGACAAGCAAUGUAUAUAUAAACUGAAAAUGUGUUAAAUAAAUAAAUGUGCUUGAACCCC